GUGUCUAAAUCCCUAUUUAAUUAUGAUCACUCACAAUAAUGCUGCAAUAGCUUCAGUUAACUAACUGAAGAGCUCUGCAUUCAUUCCUUCCUUCAUUCAAUCAAUCAAUCAAUCUCGAAAGCAAAGAAAAAAAUGAGUAAAAAUAGCUUGCUCUCUGUAGCUAGCAAGGAAAGCAUUGAGGAAGACGCCUCGUGUCUGGCCUCAGAGCGCAACGGGUUAAAGCAGCUGUGGUGCGACUCUUGUGAUUUCGCGAGAAAGGCGUUGGAGAUGGGGCGGAAGGAUCCAAGAAAGGCGGUGUAUGCACUCAAAAUGGGCUUUGCAUUAGCCCUUGUUUCACUGCUCAUAUUCUGGGACAUGCCUAUUGAAGAUGUGUCCCAGUAUUCAAUCUGGGCUAUCCUGACUGUCAUUGUGAUGUUUGAGUUCAGUAUAGGGGCGAUGUUCAUCAAGGGAUUCAACCGCGGAUUAGGCACCUUUUCGGCUGGAAUACUGGCUUUUUUGUUUGCAGGGCUGUCUAUAUUGGCUGGACCAUGGGAUAAGAUUGUGAUUGUUAUAAGUUUCUUCAUCACUGGCUAUUGUGCCUCGUACUUGAGGCUUUACCCGACAAUGGCGCCAUACGACUAUGGAUUCCGUGUUUUUGUGCUCACAUUCUGCAUAUUAAUGGUGGCUGGGAACAGAAAUGGGGGAUAUGUAUUGGCAAUUCUUACUAGAUUGGUGCUGAUUGCUCUUGGUGCUUGCAUGUGCUUCGUCAUCAACAUCUGUGUGUACCCUAUCUGGUCCGGAGACGAUCUGCACUGCCUCGUCGUGAAUAAUUUCAAAGAGCUUGCUACAUCUUUGGAAGGUUGUGUCAAUGGCUACUUGGAAAGUGUUAACUACGAAAGAACGAGCAGCCGGUUCAUGACUCAAGCAUCGAGUGAUCAGAUGUAUCUCGGCUACAAAUCAGUCAUAGAAUCUGCAAGCAAAGAGCAAACCUUGUUAGGUUUCGCUCUAUGGGAGCCGCCUCACGGCCGCUACAGAAAGCUUCACUAUCCGUGGAAGACAUAUGUGAAGGCGAGCAACGCUGUUAGGCACUGUGCUUACACUGUGAUGGCACUCCAUGGAUGCAUUAUGUCUGAAAUUCAGGCGCCACCAGAGAAACGGAGGGUGUUCUAUGAAGAGCUUCAGGAGGUGAGCAGUGAGGGAGCAAGGGUUCUGCGCGAGCUGGGAAGCAAGAUAGACAAGAUGGAGAAGCUGGGAGGAUUCAAGAACAUUCUAGGCCAAGUGCACGUUGCGGCUGAGCACCUGCAGAAGAAGAUAGACCACAAAUCAUUCCUCCUUGUGAACUCAGAGAGCUGGGAAGUUGGGAGCCCCAGGAAGGAUGUAGAAGAGCUAGAUGAUCCUCCACAGCAGCAUCUUGGCCUUAAGUGUUUGAGUGAAACCUCUAUUUACGCGCAUAAGACUCAAACGCAGCUGCCAGACGAAGAUUUCCCGCCCAUGCAGAACCUGAGGAGGCUUGUGCCAUGGCCUUCCUCAUUUUGUUUGGUGGAAAGUGAUGGAGUGUUGGUGAGAGAAGACGAGGCCAAGACUUAUGAGAGCGCGAGCUCCUUGUCACUUGCCACGUUCGCCUCGCUCUUGAUUGAGUUCGUGGCGAGGCUGCAGAUUGUGGUGGACUGCUUUGAGGAGCUCAGUGAGGAGGCAGAGUUUAUAGAUCCUGAUGUUGUUGUUCUAACAAAACGUGGAGGGAUUUGGACAAGGCUAGUGAGGAGUUUGAGGUUUAAGAAGUGAUUUUAUAUUGUAUAGUUUGGAUGCAAAAAGUUUCAAAGAUUUGAUCUUUAAUUAUUUAAUCAAUCUCAUCUCAAACAUACUCCCUUUUA